CUUGUUGUGUUUCCGAUGUCGUACUCGAAUUUGAUGACGUUCGUCUCUGAGACUUUGUAGCUUCCAGCCAGCUGUUUAUUAAAAUUCACACUUUGUCGGAAGUCUCUUCUUACAUAGUGUGACAUUUUACCUGUCAGGUGACCUUCUAACGGAGUGUCGUCACAAGUGGGAGAGGGGGGACACUUCCCUCCACUAACACACAGCCUCUUUUACCACACACGGAUCUGUUUGGACCGCCAGCAUGGUGUUAGCAGAUUUAGGAAGGAAGAUCACCUCAGCGCUGAGGUCACUCAGCAAUGCUACCAUCAUCAAUGAGGAGGUUCUGAAUGCCAUGCUGAAGGAGGUGUGUGCCGCCCUGCUUGAGGCUGACGUCAACAUCAAAUUGGUCAAACAACUGAGAGAAAAUGUCAAGUCUGCUAUAGACCUGGAAGAGAUGGCAUCAGGCCUAAAUAAGAGGAGAAUGAUCCAGCACGCUGUUUUCAAGGAGCUGGUGAAGCUGGUGGAUCCUGGCGUGAAGGCUUGGACUCCUACUAAAGGGAAGAACAAUGUCAUCAUGUUUGUUGGUCUGCAGGGCAGUGGGAAAACGACAACCUGUUCCAAGCUGGCUUAUUAUUACCAGAGGAAAGGCUGGAAGACCUGCCUGAUCUGUGCCGACACCUUCAGAGCUGGUGCUUUUGAUCAGCUCAAACAGAAUGCAACCAAAGCCAGAAUUCCGUUCUAUGGAAGUUACACAGAGAUGGACCCAGUGGUCAUUGCCUCAGAAGGCGUGGAGAAGUUCAAAGGCGAGAACUUUGAGAUCAUCAUAGUGGACACUAGUGGGCGACACAAACAGGAAGACUCGCUGUUUGAGGAGAUGCUUCAAGUCUCUAACGCUGUGCAACCAGAUAACAUUGUCUAUGUGAUGGACGCCUCCAUCGGACAGGCCUGCGAGGCCCAGGCCAAGGCCUUCAAGGACAAAGUAGAUGUGGCUUCAGUGAUCGUCACCAAGCUGGAUGGACAUGCUAAAGGGGGCGGGGCUCUGAGCGCUGUUGCUGCCACCAGGAGUCCCAUCAUCUUCAUUGGAACAGGAGAACAUAUUGAUGACUUUGAGCCAUUUAAGACACAGCCUUUUAUCAGCAAACUGCUGGGAAUGGGGGACAUUGAAGGUUUGAUUGACAGAGUCAACGAGCUCAAGCUAGAUGAUAAUGAAGAGCUGAUUGACAAAUUGAAACACGGCCAGUUCACACUCAGAGACAUGUACGAACAGUUUCAGAACAUCAUGAAGAUGGGACCUUUUGGACAGAUCAUGGGUAUGAUCCCUGGAUUUGGGACCGACUUUAUGAGUAAAGGCAAUGAACAAGAGUCAAUGGCCAGGCUGAAGAAGCUCAUGACCAUCAUGGACAGCAUGAAUGACCAGGAAUUGGAUAGUAAAGAUGGUGCCAAACUCUUCAGCAAGCAACCCAGCAGGAUCCAGAGGGUCGCCCGGGGAUCAGGGGUUGCUACCCGUGAUGUCCAGGAGCUCCUAACACAGUACACAAAGUUUGCCCAGAUGGUGAAAAAGAUGGGUGGCAUUAAAGGUCUCUUUAAAGGAGGAGAUAUGUCAAAGAAUGUGAACCCAUCUCAGAUGGCCAAACUGAACCAACAGAUGGCAAAGAUGAUGGAUCCUCGAGUCCUCCACCAUAUGGGUGGCAUGGCUGGUCUUCAGUCAAUGAUGCGACAGUUCCAGCAGGGAGCCACCGGCAACAUGAAAGGCCUGAUGGGAUUCAACAACAUGUGACCGCCAACCGUUCCACUGCCUUAAAAACCAAACAAAAAAACCUCAAAGCUCUGCCUCCUCAAUGGAGGGGGAGCGGGAGAGGGGUGGACCUUGGUGAAGCAGGAAAACUUUAGAAAGUAAAACAAAAAAAGUACUAAAAUAAAUGAGGAUUUUGAAGUAGCAUUCUCUGCUGGUUUUCACUGAAGAUAAACCAGGUUUUCUGCUUGUAGACAAAGAGGAGCGAGAUGGUGAGGAUUUGGAGUCAGUCAGAUCAUUUGAAAAGGUCCUUCACCCUCUUACCCUAAGACAGACAAGAGUUCAGAGAUCAGUCUCACCUGUGGACCUUUUUUCCUGUUAAAUGCAGUGAGUGAAGAGAUGGAUAAAAGAGUUCAUCCCCUCCAGUUUAACACAGUUAUCUCAAAAAUACUAAAUGCUACCAUCAAAAUAAAAGGGUGUGUCAUCAGCAUAAACUGGUUGUUGGCUCGCUUUAAUGCACCACAUAAGGCAAAAAAAGACCCCCCACCCCCCAAGUCAUAUACCUGUCUGCCACCUGAUGCAGGGAGCAGUCUUAUCAUCACAUGCAUGAUGAAAAUUAGGAACAGGUGUGGUUGAAGAUAGAUGUAUCUUGAAAUGAGCCUGUCAGUUUUUUCAUGUCCAGGGUUUCUGGGUCUGUAUGUUUUCUGUCUCAGCACAAAUACUUGAAGCUGAUUGACUGAGCUCCAUCAAACCUAACCGCUGUGGAGAUGAUCAUGUCUGAAUUACACACCGUCGGUGUCUGCUGAAUUGUCAAAAAAACAAAUGCGAGAAGGAAUUGAAAGAGCCUGUAAACAGAUUUUUAUUUUAAGUCACCUGUGAUGGAUGCUGUGCACACAAGCUUCUCCUGUUUACUAUUUUACACUUUACUCAGCACACCUUAGUUUUAUCUGUACCAGACACACGGGAUUGAAGCUGACAGCCAGAGGGUCUCCUCACAUCUCGGACUGUUUAACACCGUGACAGGAGGUUUAUUGGGCCCUGUUCAGUCAUUAAGUUGUGUAUUAACGUUUAAUCAGCGGAGCGAGUGCCUGCCGUCUGAUUUUUGUCAUAUUAAUGGGAAUUUAAUGGAAUGAGUCGGAAGAAGCGUGAUAUUAGUUUGACUGUAUUUUGUCAUACAAUAAAAAAAUUUGUAAUUUCACUGUU